GCCCGCCCAGCGUUAACGACUAAGUACUCAAGAAGAAGAAGAAGUUGACGGAAGUGACGCAAAUAUUUUGAACGCUUACCGCGCUGAGGGUUGAGUGUAUUUCUGGAUUAGUUUAACGCGGUCUGUUUAUUCGUCCUCAGGCAUUAUGAAGAGAGCGGACAGAGCUCUGGGUAAAGACACAGCGAUUCCCUCACAUCCUAACUUAGCAUGUAAGAAAGUUAACACCAGGCCUGAACCUGAGACUCUGAUCAGGAAGAACCCAGGCAAAAGUCUUAAAGGCCCCUCAGUGAGAUUCGGAUUCCAGAGUGAUGUAAAAGAACAAAAUCGGCUCUUGGUGCUGAUGAAUGAAGAUUUGCAGAAACAGGUUACAGAUUUGAAGGAAAGUGUGUCUGUAUUAGAACAACGCUGUGGUGAUCUUCAAGAAAACAACACUGAAAUUAAAAAACAUCUUAGAGACUGUCAUGUACUACUUAUUGCAGAAAACCUUGAUCCAGUUUCAGGGGAGAAAUUUGGUGAAGCAGCAGAACAGAGGGCAGGACAAAGAAAAGAAGUCAUGACUGUUUCCCAAAACCUUUUAACCGAGCUGAAGCAGUUUGAAGAUUUUACAAACGAGCACAGAACACAUUUAACAGAGGUGCAGAACACCAUGAGAAGUCUUAAAGGAGCCAGAGAAAAGCUUCACAAGGAGCGGGAAUCAUUUUGUAUGUAUGCAGAAAACAUGGAGAAAGCACUGGAGGAUGCAGAGAGGCUGCUGAUAGAGUGAAAAAUACAGUUUUUGAUAGGAGAAGGAAUUAGAUGGUUAUUUCAUAAAUAAAAAAUUUUGUGCUCAUUCUUUUUAAAUAAAAAGUACUACAAAUAAAUUAGGCUUGUCUUAGUAAUACUAUCUCCUGCUUAACUGUAUGUGAUAUCCUGUUCAACUUGUAUCAAACUUCCCCACAAAUAAUUUUGUAUAGUCAGUGUGGAGGAAAAUAAUAAAGCUUUAUAUGUAUUAGCUACAAAAUCACAAAUAAAUUGUGCAUUAUUUAAGUUGCUGAAAAUAUAUUGGUAAUUUUU